AUGGAUAGCAGUAAGGGUGUGACUGGCAUUGGGUUUGAUAGGGAAACCGGGUUGUUCACAGCGUCAGAGGAGUGGUGGGACAAUCUUAAAUCGACAAACAUGAUCGCUUACAAAUUCAAGACAAAACCAUUGGAGCAUGAAGAUUUGAUGCACGAAGUAUUCACCGGUGCAACUGCGACUGGCAAACACCAUUGGACGCCGGGGGAGAAGGCUGUGGAUGUUGGCGAAGGUGAAUUCGACUCAGUGAACUCUCCUGGGUUGGCACAAUUUACCAAGCCAUACAGACCGAUCGUUAACUCACCUCCAAACUCCCCCACCAUCCACCUUGAAGAAGCAGACCCCGGGACAAAGAGAAAAAAUGGAGGUAGCACAAGUGGAAAGUCGAAAAAGGUCUCUAGUGGAGCAUCGGUGCUUGCGGAUAGUUUUAACCAUCUGUCUAAGGCGGUUAAAGCAUAG